AUGCAGCUCGUAGGCCUGCUGUGCUUCAAAGUGCCCGAGCACCAGAGUGUGUCGUUCUGCUGUGCUCCAAAGUGCCCGAGCACCAGAGUGUGUCGUUCUGCUGUGCUCCAAAGUGCCCGAGCACCAGAGUGUGUCGUUCUGCUGUGCUCCAAAGUGCCCGAGCACCAGAGUGUGUCGUUCUGCUGUGCUCCAAAGUGCCCGAGCACCAGAGUGUGUCGUUCUGCUGUGGUCCAAAGUGCCCGAGCUCCAGAGUGUGUCGUUCUGCUGUGCUCCAAAGUGCCCGAGCACCAGAGUGUGUCGUUCUGCUGUGCUCCAAAGUGCCCGAGCACCAGAGUGUGUCGUUCUGCUGUGCUCCAAAGUGCCCGAGCACCAGAGUGUGUCGUUCUGCUGUGCUCCAAAGUGCCCGAGCACCAGAGUGUGUCGUUCUGCUGUGGUCCAAAGUGCCCGAGCUCCAGAGUGUGUCGUUCUGCUGUGCUCCAAAGUGCCCGAGCACCAGAGUGUGUCGUUCUGCUGUGCUCCAAAGUGCCCGAGCACCAGAGUAUGUCGUUCUGCUGUGGUCCAAAGUGCCCGAGCUCCAGAGUGUGUCGUUCUGCUGUGCUCCAAAGUGCCCGAGCACCAGAGUGUGUCGUUCUGCUGUGCUCCAAAGUGCCCGAGCCCCAGAGUGUGUCGUUCUGCUGUGCUCCAAAGUGCCCGAGCACCAGAGUGUGUCGUUCUGCUGUGCUCCAAAGUGCCCGAGCCCCAGAGUGUGUCGUUCUGCUGUGCUCCAAAGUGCCCGAGCACCAGAGUGUGUCGUUCUGCUGUGGUCCAAAGUGCCCGAGCUCCAGAGUGUGUCGUUCUGCUGUGGUCCAAAUUGCCCGAGCCCCAGAGUGUGUCGUUCUGCUGUGCUCCAAAGUGCCCGAGCCCCAGAGUGUGUCGUUCUGCUGUGCUCCAAAGUGCCCGAGCACCAGAGUGUGUCGUUCUGCUGUGGUCCAAAGUGCCCGAGCUCCAGAGUGUGUCGUUCUGCUGUGCUCCAAAGUGCCCGAGCACCAGAGUGUGUCGUUCUACUGUGGUCCAAAGUGCCCGAGCACCAGAGUGUGUCGUUAUGCUGUGCUCCACAGUGCCCGAGCACCAGAGUGUGUCGUUCUGCUGUGCUCCAAAGUGCCCGAGCACCAGAGUGUGUCGUUCUGCUGUGGUCCAAAGUGUCCGAGCACCAGAGUGUGUCGUUCUGCUGUGCUCCAAAGUGCCCGAGCACCAGAGUGUGUCGUUCUGCUGUGCUCCAAAGUGCCCGAGCACCAGAGUGUGUCGUUCUGCUGUGCUCCAAACUGCCCUAGCACUGUCGUUCUGCUGUGCUCCAAAGUGCCCGAGCACCAGAGUGUGUCGUUCUGCUGUGGUCCAAAGUGCCCGAGCCCCAGAGUGUGUCGUUCUGCUGUGCUUCAAAGUGCCCGAGCACCUGAGUGUGUCGUUCUGCUGUGGUCCAAAGUGCCUGAGCACCAGAAUGUGUCGUUCUGCUGUAGUCCAAAGUGCCCGAGCACCAGAGUGUGUCGUUCUGCUGUGCUCCAAAGUGCCCGAGCCCCAGAGUGUGUCGUUCUGCUGUGCUCCAAAGUGCCCGAGCACCAGAAUGUGUCGUUCUGCUGUGCUCCAAAGUGCCCGAGCCUCAGAGUGUGUCGUUCUGCUGUGCUCCAAAGUGCCCGAGCACCAGAGUGUGUCGUUCUGCUGUGCUCCAAAGUGCCCGAGCACCAGAGUGUGUCGUUCUGCUGUGGUCCAAAGUGCCCGAGCACCAGAUGUCCGAGCACCAGAGUGUGUCGUUCUGCUGUGGUCCAAAGUGUCCGAGCACCAGAGUGUGUCGUUCUGCUGUGCUCCAAAGUGCCCGAGCACCAGAGUGUGUCGUUCUGCUGUAGUCCAAAGUACCCGAGCUCCAGAGUGUGUCGUUCUGCUGUGCUCCAAAGUGCCCGAGCACCAGAGUGUGUCGUUCUGCUGUGCUCCAAAGUGCCCGAGCACUGUCGUUCUGCUGUGCUCCAAAGUGCCCGAGCACCAGAGUGUGUCGUUCUGCUGUGCUUCAAAGUGCCCGAGCACCAGAGUGUGUCGUUCUGUUGUGAUCCAAAGUGCCCAAGCACCAGAGUGUGUCGUUCUGCUGUGGUCCAAAGUGUCCGAGCACCAGAGUGUGUCGUUCUGUUGUGCUCCAAAGUGCCCGAGCACCAGAGUGUGUUGUUCUGUUGUGCUCCAAAGUGCCCGAGCACCAGAGUGUGUCGUUCUGCUGUGGUCCAAAGUGUCCGAGCACCAGAGUGUGUCGUUCUGCUGUGCUCCAAAGUGCCCGAGCACCAGAGUGUGUCGUUCUGCUGUGCUCCGAAGUGCCCGAGCACCAGAGUGUGUCGUUCUGCUGUAGUCCAAAGUACCCGAGCUCCAGAGUGUGUCGUUCUGCUGUGCUCCAAAGUGCCCGAGCCCCAGAAUGUGUCGUUCUGCUGUGCUCCAAAGUGCCCGAGCACCAGAGUGUGUCGUUCUGCUGUGGUCCAAAGUGCCCGAGCCCCAGAGUGUGUCGUUCUGCUGUGCUUCAAAGUGCCCGAGCACCAGAGUGUGUCGUUCUGCUGUGGUCCAAAGUGCCUGAGCUCCAGAAUGUGUCGUUCUGCUGUAGUCCAAAGUGCCCAAGCACCAGAGUGUGUCGUUCUGCUGUGCUUCAAAGUGUCUGAGCACCAGAGUGUGUCGUUCUGCUGUGCUCCAAAGUGCCCGAGCCCCAGAGUGUGUCGUUCUGCUGUGCUCCAAAGUGCCCGAGCACCAGAGUGUGUCGUUCUGCUGUGCUCCAAAGUGCCCGAGCCUCAGAGUGUGUCGUUCUGCUGUGCUUCAAAGUGCCCGAGCACCCAGAGUGUGUCGUUAUGCUGUGCUUCAAAGUGCCCGAGCACCAGAGUGUGUCGUUCUGUUGUGAUCCAAAGUGCCCGAGCACCAGAGUGUGUCGUUCUGCUGUGCUCCAAAGUGCCCGAGCACCAGAUGCCCGAGCACCAGAGUGUGUCGUUCUGUUGUGAUCCAAAGUGCCCGAGCACCAGAGUGUGUCGUUCUGCUGUGCUCCAAAGUGCUCGAGCACCAGAGUGUGUCGUUCUGCUGUGCUCCAAAGUGCCCGAGCACCAGAGUGUGUCGUUCUGCUGUGGUCCAAAGUGCCCGAGCACCAGAAGUGUGUCGUUCUGCUGUGCUCCAAAGUGCCCAAGCACCAGAGUGUGUCGUUCUGCUGUGCUCCAAAGUACCCGAGCUCCAGAGUGUGUCGUUCUGCUGUGCUCCAAAUGCCCGAGCCUCAGAGUGUGUCGUUCUGCUGUGCUUCAAAGUGCCCGAGCACCAGAGUGUGUCGUUCUGCUGUGCUUCAAAGUGCCCGAGCACCAGAGUGUGUCGUUCUGUUGUGAUCCAAAGUGCCCGAGCACCAGAGUGUGUCGUUCUGCUGUGCUCCAAAGUGCCCGAGCUCCAGAGUGUGUCGUUCUGCUGUGCUUCAAAGUCCCUGAGCACCAGAGUGUGUCGUUCUGCUGUGCUCCAAAGUGCCCGAGCACCAGAGUGUGUCGUUCUGUUGUGAUCCAAAGUGCCCGAGCACCAGAGUGUGUCGUUCUGCUGUGCUCCAAAGUGCCCGAGCACCAGAGUGUGUCGUUCUGCUGUGCUCCAAAGUGCCCGAGCACCAGAGUGUGUCGUUCUGUUGUGAUCCAAAGUGCCCGAGCACCAGAGUGUGUCGUUCUGCUGUGCUCCAAAGUGCCCGAGCACCGGAGUGUGUUGUUCUGCUGUGGUCCAAAGUGCCCGAGCACCAGAGUGUGUCGUUCUGCUGUGGUCCAAAGUGCCCGAGCACCAGAGUGUGUUGUUCUGCUGUGGUCCAAAGUGCCCGAGCACCAGAGUGUGUCGUUCUGCUGUGCUCCAAAGUGCCCGAGCCCCAGAGUGUGUCGUUCUGCUGUGCUUCAAAGUGCCCGAGCACCAGAGUGUGUCGUUCUGCUGUGCUUCAAAGUGCCUGAGCACCAGAGUGUGUCGUUCUGCUGUGCUCCAAAGUGCCCGAGCACCAGAUGCCCGAGCACCAGAGUGUGUCGUUCUGCUGUGCUCCAAAGUGCCCGAGCACCAGAGUGUGUCGUUCUGCUGUGCUCCAAAGUGCACGAGCCCCAGAGUGUGUGUCGUUCUGCUGUGCUUCAAAGUGCCCGAGCACCAGAGUGUGUCGUUCUGCUGUGCUUCAAAGUGCCUGAGCACCAGAGUGUGUCGUUCUGCUGUGCUCCAAAGUGCCCGAGCACCAGAGUGUGUCGUUCUGUUGUGAUCCAAAGUGCCCGAGCACCAGAGUGUGUCGUUCUGCUGUGCUCCAAAGUGCCCGAGCACCAGAGUGUGUCGUUCUGCUGUGCUCCAAAGUGCCCGAGCACCAGAGUGUGUCGUUCUGCUGUGGUCCAAAGUGCCCGAGCACCAGAGUGUGUUGUUCUGCUGUGGUCCAAAGUGCCCGAGCACCAGAGUGUGUCGUUCUGCUGUGGUCCAAAGUGCCCGAGCACCAGAGUGUGUUGUUCUGCUGUGGUCCAAAGUGCCCGAGCACCAGAGUGUGUCGUUCUGCUGUGGUCCAAAGUGCCCGAGCACCAGAGUGUGUUGUUCUGCUGUGGUCCAAAGUGCCCGAGCACCAGAGUGUGUCGUUCUGCUGUGGUCCAAAGUGCCCGAGCCCCAGAGUGUGUCGUUCUGCUGUGCUCCAAAGUGCUCGAGCCCCAGAGUGUGUUGUUCUGCUGUGCUCCAAAGUGCCCGAGCACCAGAAUGUGUCGUUCUGCUGUGGUCCAAAGUGCCCGAGCCCCAGAGUGUGUCGUUCUCCUGUGGUCCAAAGUGCCCGAGCCCCAGAGUGUGUCGUUCUGCUGUGCUCCAAAGUGCCCGAGCACCAGAGUGUGUUGUUCUGCUGUGGUCCAAAGUGCCCGAGCACCAGAAUGUGUCGUUCUGCUGUGCUUCAAAGUGCCUGAGCACCAGAGUGUGUCGUUCUGCUGUGCUCCAAAGUGCCCGAGCCCCAGAGUGUGUCGUUCUGCUGUGCUUCAAAGUGCCCGAGCACCAGAGUGUGUCGUUCUGCUGUGCUUCAAAGUGCCUGAGCACCAGAGUGUGUCGUUCUGCUGUGCUCCAAAGUGCCCGAGCACCAGAGUGUGUCGUUAUGUUGUGAUCCAAAGUGCCCGAGCACCAGAGUGUGUCGUUCUGCUGUGCUCCAAAGUGCCCGAGCACCAGAGUGUGUCGUUCUGCUGUGCUUCAAAGUGCCCGAGCACCAGAGUGUGUCGUUCUGCUGUGCUUCAAAUGCCCGAGCACCAGAGUGUGUCGUUCUGCUGUGCUCCAAAGUGCCCGAGCACCAGAGUGUGUCGUUCUGCUGUGCUCCAAAGUGCCCGAGCACCAGAGUGUGUCGUUCUGCUGUGGUCCAAAGUGCCCGAGCACCAGAGUGUGUUGUUCUGCUGUGGUCCAAAGUGCCCGAGCACCAGAGUGUGUCGUUCUGCUGUGGUCCAAAGUGCCCGAGCCCCAGAGUGUGUCGUUCUGCUGUGCUCCAAAGUGCUCGAGCCCCAGAGUGUGUUGUUCUGCUGUGCUCCAAAGUGCCCGAGCACCAGAAUGUGUCGUUCUGCUGUGGUCCAAAGUGCCCGAGCCCCAGAGUGUGUCGUUCUGCUGUGGUCCAAAGUGCCCGAGCCCCAGAGUGUGUCGUUCUGCUGUGCUCCAAAGUGCCCGAGCACCAGAGUGUGUCGUUCUGCUGUGGUCCAAAGUGCCCGAGCACCAGAGUAUGUCGUUGUGCUGUGCUCCAAAGUGCCCGACUACCAGUGUGUGUCGUUCUGCUGUGGUCCAAAGUGCCCGAGCCCCAGAGUGUGUCGUUCUGCUGUGCUCCAAAGUGCUCGAGCCCCAGAGUGUGUUGUUCUGCUGUGGUCCAAAGUGCCCGAGCACCAGAGUGUGUUGUUCUGCUGUGGUCCAAAGUGCCUGAGCACUGUCGUUCUGCUGUGCUCCAAAGUGCCCGAGCCCCAGAGUGUGUUGUUCUGCUGUGGUCCAAAGUGCCCGAGCACCAGAGUGUGUCGUUCUGCUGUCGUCCAAAGUGCCCGAGCCCCAGACUGUGUUGUUCUGCUGUGCUCCAAAGUGCCCGAGCACUGUCGUUCUGCUGUGCUCCAAAGUGCCCGAGCCCCAGAGUGUGUCGUUCUGCUGUGCUCCAAAGUGCCCGAGCACCAGAGUGUGUCGUUCUGCUGUGCUCCAAAGUGCCCGAGCACCAGAGUGUGUCGUUCUGCUGUGAUCCAAAGUGCCCGAGCACCAGAGUGUGUCGUUCUGCUGUGCUCCAAAGUGCCCGAGCACCAGAGUGUGUCGUUCUGCUGUGCUCCAAAGUGCCCGAGCCCCAGAGUGUGUCGUUCUGCUGUGCUUCCAAGUGCCCGAGCACCAGAGUGUGUCGUUCUGCUGUGCUUCAAAGUGCCUGAGCACCAGAGUGUGUCGUUCUGCUGUGGUCCAAAGUGCCCGAGCCCCAGAGUGUGUCGUUCUGCUGUGCUUCAAAGUGCCCGAGCCCCAGAGUGUGUCGUUCUGCUGUGCUCCAAAGUGCCCGAGCACCAGAGUGUGUCGUUCUGUUGUGAUCCAAAGUGCCCGAGCACCAGAGUGUGUCGUUCUGCUGUGCUCCAAAUGCCCGAGCACCAGAGUGUGUCGUUCUGCUGUGGUCCAAAGUGCCGAGCACCAGAGUAUGUCGUUGUGCUGUGCUCCAAAGUGCCCGACUACCAGUGUGUGUCGUUCUGCUGUGGUCCAAAGUGCCCGAGCCCCAGAGUGUGUCGUUCUGCUGUGCUCCAAAGUGCUCGAGCCCCAGAGUGUGUUGUUCUGCUGUGGUCCAAAGUGCCCGAGCACCAGAGUGUGUUGUUCUGCUGUGGUCCAAAGUGCCUGAGCACUGUCGUUCUGCUGUGCUCCAAAGUGCCCGAGCCCCAGAGUGUGUUGUUCUGCUGUGGUCCAAAGUGCCCGAGCACCAGAGUGUGUCGUUCUGCUGUCGUCCAAAGUGCCCGAGCCCCAGACUGUGUUGUUCUGCUGUGCUCCAAAGUGCCCGAGCACUGUCGUUCUGCUGUGCUCCAAAGUGCCCGAGCCCCAGAGUGUGUCGUUCUGCUGUGCUCCAAAGUGCCCGAGCACCAGAGUGUGUCGUUCUGCUGUGCUCCAAAGUGCCCGAGCACCAGAGUGUGUCGUUCUGCUGUGAUCCAAAGUGCCCGAGCACCAGAGUGUGUCGUUCUGCUGUGCUCCAAAGUGCCCGAGCACCAGAGUGUGUCGUUCUGCUGUGCUCCAAAGUGCCCGAGCCCCAGAGUGUGUCGUUCUGCUGUGCUUCCAAGUGCCCGAGCACCAGAGUGUGUCGUUCUGCUGUGCUUCAAAGUGCCUGAGCACCAGAGUGUGUCGUUCUGCUGUGGUCCAAAGUGCCCGAGCCCCAGAGUGUGUCGUUCUGCUGUGCUUCAAAGUGCCCGAGCCCCAGAGUGUGUCGUUCUGCUGUGCUCCAAAGUGCCCGAGCACCAGAGUGUGUCGUUCUGUUGUGAUCCAAAGUGCCCGAGCACCAGAGUGUGUCGUUCUGCUGUGCUCCAAAGUGCCCGAGCACCAGAGUGUGUCGUUCUGCUGUGCUCCAAAGUGCCCGAGCCCCAGAGUGUGUCGUUCUGCUGUGCUUCAAAGUGCCCGAGCACCAGAGUGUGUCGUUCUGCUGUGCUUCAAAUGCCCGAGCACCAGAGUGUGUCGUUCUGCUGUGCUCCAAAGUGCCCGACUACCAGAGUGUGUCGUUCUGCUGUGCUCCAAAGUGCCCGAGCACCAGAGUGUGUCGUUCUGCUGUGCUCCAAUGUGCCCGACUACCAGAGUGUGUCGUUCUGCUGUGGUCCAAAGUGCCCGAGCCCCAGAGUGUGUCGUUCUGCUGUGCUCCAAAGUGCUCGAGCCCCAGAGUGUGUUGUUCUGCUGUGGUCCAAAGUGCCCGAGCACCAGAGUGUGUCGUUCUGUUGUGAUCCAAAGUGCCCGAGCACCAGAGUGUGUCGUUCUGCUGUGCUCCAAAGUGCCCGACUACCAGAGUGUGUCGUUCUGCUGUGCUCCAAAGUGCCCGAGCACCAGAGUGUGUCGUUCUGCUGUGCUCCAAUGUGCCCGACUACCAGAGUGUGUCGUUCUGCUGUGGUCCAAAGUGCCCGAGCCCCAGAGUGUGUCGUUCUGCUGUGCUCCAAAGUGCUCGAGCCCCAGAGUGUGUUGUUCUGCUGUGGUCCAAAGUGCCCGAGCACCAGAGUGUGUUGUUCUGCUGUGGUCCAAAGUGCCCGAGCACUGUCGUUCUGCUGUGCUCCAAAGUGCCCGAGCCCCAGAGUGUGUUCUUCUGCUGUGGUCCAAAGUGCCCGAGCACCAGAGUGUGUCGUUCUGCUGUGGUCCAAAGUGCCCGAGCCCCAGACUGUGUUGUUCUGCUGUGCUCCAAAGUGCCCGAGCACUGUCGUUCUGCUGUGCUCCAAAGUGCCCGAGCCCCAGAGUGUGUCGUUCUGCUGUGCUCCAAAGUGCCCGAGCACCAGAGUGUGUCGUUCUGCUGUGAUCCAAAGUGCCCGAGCACCAGAGUGUGUCGUUCUGCUGUGCUCCAAAGUGCCCGAGCACCAGAGUGUGUCGUUCUGCUGUGCUCCAAAGUGCCCGAGCCCCAGAGUGUGUCGUUCUGCUGUGCUUCCAAGUGCCCGAGCACCAGAGUGUGUCGUUCUGCUGUGCUUCAAAGUGCCUGAGCACCAGAGUGUGUCGUUCUGCUGUGCUCCAAAGUGCCUGAGCACCAGAGUGUGUCGUUCUGUUGUGAUCCAAAGUGCCCGAGCACCAGAGUGUGUCGUUCUGCUGUGCUCCAAAGUGCCCGACUACCAGAGUGUGUCGUUUUGCUGUGCUCCAAAGUGCCCAAGCACCAGAGUGUGUCGUUCUGCUGUGGUCCAAAGUGCCCGAGCCCCAGAGUGUGUUGUUCUGCUGUGGUCCAAAGUGCCCGAGCACCAGAGUGUGUCGUUCUGCUGUGCUCCAAAGUGCCCGACUACCAGAGUGUGUCGUUUUGCUGUGCUCCAAAGUGCCCAAGCACCAGAGUGUGUCGUUCUGCUGUGGUCCAAAGUGCCCGAGCCCCAGAGUGUGUUGUUCUGCUGUGGUCCAAAGUGCCCGAGCACCAGAGUGUGUCGUUCUGCUGUGCUCCAAAGUGCCCGAGCACCAGAGUGUGUCGUUCUGCUGUGCUCCAAAGUGCCCGAGCCUCAGAUGCCCGAGCACCAGAGUGUGUCGUUCUGCUGUGCUCCAAAGUGCCCGAGCUCCAGAGUGUGUCGUUCUGCUGUGCUUCAAAGUGCCCGAGCCCCAGAGUGUGUCGUUCUGCUGUGGUCCAAAGUGCCCGAGCCCCAGACUGUGUCGUUCUGCUGUGCUCCAAAGUGCUCGAGCACUGUCGUUCUGCUGUGCUCCAAAGUGCCCGAGCCCCAGAGUGUGUCGUUCUGCUGUGCUCCAAAGUGCCCGAGCACCAGAGUGUGUUGUUCUGCUGUGCUCCAAAGUGCUCGAGCCCCAGAGUGUGUUGUUCUGCUGUGCUCCAAAGUGCCCGAGCCCCAGAGUGUGUCGUUCUGCUGUGGUCCAAAGUGCCCGAGCACCAGAGUGUGUCGUUCUGCUGUGCUCCAAAGUGCCCGAGCCUCAGAGUGUGUCGUUCUGCUGUGCUUCAAAGUGCCCGAGCACCAGAGUGUGUCGUUCUGUUGUGAUCCAAAGUGCCCGAGCACCAGAGUGUGUCGUUCUGCUGUGCUCCAAAGUGCCCGAGCUCCAGAGUGUGUCGUUCUGCUGUGCUUCAAAGUGCCUGAGCACCAGAGUGUGUCGUUCUGCUGUGCUCCAAAGUGCCCGAGCACCAGAGUGUGUCGUUCUGCUGUGAUCCAAAGUGCCCGAGCACCAGAGUGUGUCGUUCUGCUGUGCUCCAAAGUGCCCGAGCACCAGAGUGUUUCGUUCUGCUGUGGUCCAAAGUGCCCGAGCACCAGAGUGUGUUGUUCUGCUGUGGUCCAAAGUGCCCGAGCACCAGAAUGUGUUGUUCUGCUGUGCUUCAAAGUGCCCGAGCACCAGAGUGUGUCGUUCUGCUGUGCUCCAAAGUGCCCGAGCACCAGAGUGUGUCGUUCUGCUGUGGUCCAAAGUGCCCGAGCACCAGAGUGUGUCGUUCUGCUGUGGUCCAAAGUGCCCGAGCACCAGAGUGUGUCGUUCUGCUGUGGUCCAAAGUGCCCGAGCACCAGAGUGUGUUGUUCUGCUGUGGUCCAAAGUGCCCGAGCACCAGAGUGUGUCGUUCUGCUGUGGUCCAAAGUGCUCGAGCCCCAGAGUGUGUCGUUCUGCUGUGGUCCAAAGUGCCCGAGCCCCAGAGUGUGUCGUUUUGCUGUGCUCCAAAGUGCUCGAGCCCCAGAGUGUGUUGUUCUGCUGUGCUCCAAAGUGCCCGAGCACCAGAAUGUGUCGUUCUGCUGUGGUCCAAAGUGCCCGAGCCCCAGAGUGUGUCGUUCUGCUGUGCUCCAAAGUGCCCGAGCACCAGAGUGUGUCGUUCUGCUGUGGUCCAAAGUGCCCGAGCCCCAGAGUGUGUCGUUCUGCUGUGCUUCAAAGUGCCCGAGCACCAGAGUGUGUCGUUCUGCUGUGCUCCAAAGUGCCCGAGCACCAGAGUGUGUCGUUCUGCUGUGCUCCAAAGUGCCCAAGCACCAGAGUGUGUCGUUCUGCUGUGCUCCAAAGUGCCCGAGCCCCAGAGUGUGUCGUUCUGCUGUGCUUCAAAGUGCCCGAGCACCAGAGUGUGUCGUUCUGCUGUGGUCCAAAGUGCCCGAGCCCCAGAGUGUGUCGUUCUGCUGUGCUUCAAAGUGCCCGAGCACCAGAGUGUGUCGUUCUGCUGUGCUCCAAAGUGCCCGAGCACCAGAGUGUGUCGUUCUGCUGUGCUCCAAAGUGCCCAAGCACCAGAGUGUGUCGUUCUGCUGUGCUCCAAAGUGCCCGAGCCCCAGAGUGUGUCGUUCUGCUGUGCUUCAAAGUGCCCGAGCACCAGAGUGUGUCGUUCUGCUGUGCUUCAAAGUGCCUGAGCACCAGAGUGUGUCGUUCUGCUGUGCUCCAAAGUGCCCGAGCACCAGAGUGUGUCGUUCUGCUGUGCUCCAAAGUGCCCGACUACCAGAGUGUGUCGUUCUGCUGUGCUCCAAAGUGCCCGACUACCAGAGUGUGUCGUUCUGCUGUGGUCCAAAGUGCCCGAGCCCCAGAGUGUGUCGUUCUGCUGCGCUCCAAAGUGCUCGAGCCCCAGAGUGUGUUGUUCUGCUGUGCUCCAAAGUGCCCAAGCACCAGAGUGUGUCGUUCUGCUGUGGUCCAAAGUGCCCGAACACUGUCGUUCUGCUGUGCUCCAAAGUGCCCGAGCCCCAGAGUGUGUUGUUCUGCUGUGGUCCAAAGUGCCCGAGCACCAGAGUGUGUCGUUCUCUGUGGUCCAAAGUGCCCGAGCCCCAGACUGUGUCGUUCUGCUGUGCUCCAAAGUGCCCGAGCACUGUCGUUCUGCUGUGCUCCAAAGUGCCCGAGCCCCAGAGUGUGUCGUUCUGCUGUGCUCCAAAGUGCCCGAGCACCAGAGUGUGUCGUUCUGCUGUGCUCCAAAGUGCUCGAGCACCAGAGUGUGUCGUUCUGCUGUGCUCCAAAGUGCCCGAGCACCAGAAGUGUGUCGUUCUGCUGUGCUCCAAAGUGCCCGACUACCAGAGUGUGUCGUUCUGCUGUGCUCCAAAGUGCCCGACUACCAGAGUGUGUCGUUCUGCUGUGGUCCAAAGUGCCCGAGCCCCAGAGUGUGUUGUUCUGCUGUGCUCCAAAGUGCCCAAGCACCAGAGUGUGUCGUUCUGCUGUGGUCCAAAGUGCCCGAGCCCCAGAGUGUGUCGUUCUGCUGUGGUCCAAAGUGCCCGACUACCAGAGUGUGUCGUUCUGCUGUGGUCCAAAGUGCCCGAGCCCCAGAGUGUGUUGUUCUGCUGUGCUCCAAAGUGCCCAAGCACCAGAGUGUGUCGUUCUGCUGUGGUCCAAAGUGCCCGAGCCCCAGAGUGUGUCGUUCUGCUGUGGUCCAAAGUGCCCGAGCACCAGAGUGUGUCGUUCUGCUGUGCUCCAAAGUGCCCGAGCACUGUCGUUCUGCUGUGCUCCAAAGUGCUCGAGCACCAGAGUGUGUCGUUCUGCUGUGGUCCAAAGUGCCCGAGCCCCAGACUGUGUCGUUCUGCUGUGCUCCAAAGUGCCCGAGCACCAGAGUGUGUCGUUCUGCUGUGGUCCAAAGUGCCCGAGCACCAGAGUGUGUCGUUCUGCUGUGGUCCAAAGUGCCCGAGCCCCAGACUGUGUCGUUCUGCUGUGCUCCAAAGUGCCCGAGCACCAGAGUGUGUCGUUCUGCUGUGCUCCAAAGUGCCCGAGCACCAGAGUGUGUCGUUCUGCUGUGCUCCAAAGUGCCCGAGCACCAGAGUGUGUCGUUCUGCUGUGCUCCAAAGUGCCCGAGCACCAGAGUGUGUCGUUCUGCUGUGCUCCAAAGUGCCCGAGCACCAGAGUGUGUCGUUCUGCUGUGGUCCGUGUGGGAGGAGCGGGGGCUGUGGGGUUAGAGCUUCAGACUGA